UUGUUUCCGCAUCAGCAAAAUGCAGGUCGUCAGCAGCCGCUCAGCCCAGCUGCGUGCCCCAGGCACUUGCAGGCGCGUCUCUCGCGCUCGUGUCGCGGUCGUCAAAGCUGCCAAGACCGCGGAUGGCCCGCGUGUUGCUAUCGUGGGCAUCACUGGCGCUGUUGGCCAGGAGUUCCUGACGGUGCUGAAGGAGCGCAACUUUCCUUACAGCGAUAUGAAGAUGCUGGCGUCCGCCAGGUCUGCAGGUCAGAAGCAGGAGUUUGAGGGCCAUACGUACACGGUUGAGGAGCUGACGGAGAACAGCUUCAAGGACGUGGAUAUCGCCCUCUUCAGCGCUGGUGGCUCCAUCAGCAAGAAGUUCGGACCCAUUGCUGUUAAGGAUGGCGCCAUCGUCGUGGAUAACAGCUCGGCUUUCCGCAUGACGGAGGGCGUGCCCCUGGUCAUCCCUGAGGUCAACCCUGAGGCCAUGUCCCACAUCAAGGUCGGCAAGGGCGGCGCCAUCAUCGCCAACCCCAACUGCUCCACCAUCAUUGCGCUGAUGGCCGUGACGCCGCUGCACCGCCUGGCCACCGUCAAGCGCAUGUGCGUGUCCACCUACCAGGCCGCCUCCGGAGCCGGCGCCGCCGCCAUGGAGGAGCUGCGCCAGCAGACUCGCGACGUGCUGGACGGCAAGCCCGCCCAGCCUAAGAUCUUCCCUCUACAGUACGCCUUCAACCUGUUCAGCCACAACAGCGGCAUGGACGUGGAGCUGGGCUACAACGAGGAGGAGAUGAAGCUGGUGAAGGAGACACGCAAGAUCUGGAGCUACCCCGCCGUGCGCAUCACCGGCACCUGCGUGCGUGUGCCCGUCAUGCGCGCCCACGCUGAGACCAUCAACCUGGAGUUCGAGAAGGACAUUUCCGAGGCCCAAGCGCUGGAGGCCCUGGCUGCCUUCCCCGGUGUGUCCAUCAUCAACGACCGCAAGAACAACCGCUUCCCCACGCCGCUGGACGCCACCACCAAGGACGAUGUGUUCGUGGGCCGCAUCCGCCGCGACAUCUCGCGCGACGACAACAAGGGCCUGGACCUGUUUGUGUGCGGUGACCAGAUCAAGAAGGGCGCCGCGCUCAACGCCGUCCAGAUUGCCGAGCUGCUGCUCUAAGUAACUGCUGCUGCUGCUGAAAGCAAGAGCGAUGUAAGCGGCGUGUUGUGGAUCAGGCGCGCCUGCUGUUGUGGUGGGUUGUGGAGGUGGUUGGGUAAAGCGGUGGAUGAGAAUGGAGCCAGGUGGAGCUGAGCAAAAGGGCUCGGCGGAGGGUUGUGCUGGCGCGUGCCGUACAUCAGCCCUAAAGCAGCGCGCAGCUGCCUGGGCUGAAGAGGGUCUUUCGGCAGCGCUUUGGUGGUUGUACGAUGGAGCUCUUGACUGCAGGGACGGACUGUCUGUUCGAUACCUCCUCGAACCAACGCAUUAGCAUGGGCCGCAAGCCACGCACGUGCGGCAAUGCUGGCGUAAUUUUUCGCGUUGUUGUACGCCUGCUGGCUUAUAUUUCGGCCCUUUGCUACUGGGAACAAUGGAACGCAGCGAACUGUGGACAUGACACGUGCGUGCGCGCUCCAGUCCCUUGCAUGGCGAGCGGUGUAUAAAGUGGGUUUUCGGUAACAUGGUGUGUAGCAUAUGUACGUUUUCGGACCGGGUGUGGCUUUGGGACUUCGCAAUGUCCUGCUUGCGCGUUGUGUGCUUGAAUGUCGUCAUGGUCCAGCGCCUUAGCGGUUUCAGCGCUUCAGGGAAAAGCGUGGUGGGCUGUGCCCUCCUGUGCCCGGUUGCGUCGUGAUUCUGCUGAACAUGGGGCUUCCUGUAAAUGAACAAACGCUGCUAACCGUUUCCACGAGGGCAUUCAACCAGGCUUGAGGGGAAUCAUGCGGCACGAAAUGAUCCAGCCAUGGUGGGGCUGACAGACGAAUGUAAGUAGAACGAAAUUGGCG